AUGCGUUACGGCUCCCAAAGGGGCACGGCUGUUACAAAAGACGAGCACGAAGCGAGUGUGAUUCAGAUUGUAGCAAACAACACGGCUUCAGGCACCCAUUCUUCCUCCUCCACCUUAUCGUCCUCCUCCUCCUCCUCUCCGGGCAUCUUUCGGGAAUGGGCCAGCGCCUUGCCAGGGUGCAUCUCUCCACCCGGUGGUGUGGCUGGCGUCGUGCGAGAAAAGCUGCGGCGCACACGGCGCUAUAAUGUCCUGAGCAAGAACUACUUUGUGACACGGAUUCGCCUGCUGGACAGCAACGUGAUUGAAUGCACUCUGUCAGUGGAGAGUACGGGACAGGAGUGUCUGGAGGCGGUGGCCCAGAGGCUGGAGCUACGGGAGACCCAUUUCUUCGGGCUGUGGUUCCAAGGAAAGACCCAGGCCCCGGCCCAGCGCUGGGUGGAGCUGGAGAAACCCCUCAAGAAGCAGCUGGACAAGUUUGGCAAUGAGCCGCUGCUCUUCUUUGGAGUCAUGUUCUACGUGCCCAGUGUCUCCCGGCUGGAGCAAGAGGCCACAAGGUAUCAGUAUUACCUGCAGGUGAAGAAGGAGGUGUUGGAUGGACGUCUACACUGCGCAGUAGAGCAGGGGAUCAGACUAGCAGGCCUAGCAGUACAAGCUGACUUUGGAGACUUCACUCAGUUCAUGUCUCAGGAGUUCCUCAGGGAGUACGUGCUCUUCCCAGUGAACUGGCCUAAUGGAGAAGAGGUGCUGGAGGAGUGGACCCAGAAAGUCGCUGAAGAGCACAAGAGUCACUGCCGAAUGCAGGCCGCUGAAGCAGAGCUGCUGUACAUCAAGGAGGUGGAGAAACUGGACGGUUUUGGGCAGGAGAGCUUUGCUGCUAAGGACAACUAUACCAACGAUAUUUUCAUCGGUGUGUCCUUCAUCGGGGUGUUUGUCAAACACAGAAAUGGCAGAUCCAUCAUGCUCCACAAGUGGAAGGACAUUGGUACCAUAGCACACAACAAGUCAGCCAUCACAGUGGAGAUAACGAGCAGAGACGACACCAUCAUUUUUCACAUGGAGGAUAUGGAAAUGGCCAAGUACAUCGCUCGUCUUUUCACGGCCAGACACAAAUUCUACAAACAGAACAAGAUCUGUGCAGAGCCCAAUCACUCACCUGCACCAAUCAGGAGGAGACCCACCUGGACCCACCGCCUCUCCCUGUCACGUCCCCAGUCCUGUAACUUCCAGUCAAUGCAUUCCCAGUAUUCAGAGCAUUAUCAGGACACACAGAGCUCUCAAGACAGCAUUUUCCAUGAUGACCCCUACUACAAGUCGGAAACCAGCCUGGACCGCUGCCCGGUGGACUUCCCCUUCCGAAACGGUACCGUGCCCAACGGAAGCAUGUACAGCAGCCCCAGCCUGAGCUCCCUCAAUCAUUCCCAGACUUUCGUCCCACCCUCACCCAUAUCCUCCAACCUCAGCAUCCCCGGCAGUGAGCUCAUGCGCCCGGACUACAUCCCCAGCCACCGCCACAGCGCCAUCAUCGCUCCGUCCUACCGGCCCACGCCCGAGUACGAUGCCGUCAUGCGGCAGAAGCGGCGCAUGCUCCCCGCUCACCAUGAUCUCCACAGCCAAUCGCUGCGCAGUCUGAACAUCAGUAACGCCUGCGCUUACCGUCAGCCUGAAGCUCUGGUGUACAGCCAGCCGGAGAUGAGGGAGAGGGGUCCUUAUCAUGGCCUGGGGCCUAGUCCUGGACCUUAUGGGCCACAGAUCAGCUACAGUAAGCCAGUGUCCCAUGGGCCUCAUCAGGGAGGACCAGCCAGCAGCCAGGGCCCCUGUCACUCACCCUGCGUUAAUGGCGGCGGAGGCAGUGGUGGAGGUGGAGGCGUAGGAAGCUCCAUCUCUCACACUGUCAGCACGCCUGAGUUGGCAAAUACCAAACAACAGGGGACCAACGCAGGAAGCUACGCAGCUACAGCCAACAUGCUGAGAAACCACAUGUCGCGCCCUCCUCCACCUUACCCCUCCAGCUCCUUUCGCCCGGCCACCAGCACACCAGACCUGGCCAGCCACCGUCACCGCUGCAUCGGGGGCAGCAGUCCGGAGCUGGUCACCCGUAUGGUGCAGCUGUCGGUCAAGACCUUCCAGCCGGACAGCUCGGCCGUGGUGCACCAGUCGCUGCAGGAGGUCAGCGAACCACUGACCGCGGCUGCUAAGCACCGCUCCACUCUGGGCAAGAGGCACAGCAUGGAGGUGAUCAGCAGCAUGAGAGGAGGAGGAGGAGGAGGGGGGUUGGAGGGCAUGGUGAUGAAGGGCAUGAACGCUCCACUGCAUCGGAGGAAUACUCUCAGAGAACAUGUGAUGCCGCCUCAGCCCCAGUCCAUUCCUCAGCCCCAGACCCCUCAGUCACAACCCCAGCCGCAGCCUCAACCUCCACCUCAGCAGCCAAAGGAGUUGCCUCUGCAGAUGCCUGCCCAGAAAGCACCUACAGAGGCCUCUGUAGCGCCACCUGCAGCGGUGGCCUACCAACAUCAAAAGACUCUUUCUAAUGCUACCAUGCUCAUACACAGUAGCGAGAGUGAAGAAGAGGAGGAGGAGGAAGAGGAGAGACCUGAGCUGGACGUUCAGAUCCCAGGUCUCAAUGAGGACAUCAGCAUCAGUGCUCAGCUCCAGGCCGCUCUGGCCAAGCUGCCCAACAAACCCCCACCGGAGUACCCUGGACCUCCUAGACCUCCUAGCAAUGCUCAGAUCCGCAACCACACCCACAAUCACAAUCACACUCACCACCACAACCACAAUCAAGGACCGCAGAGCAACCAGGGACCUAUUGACCCAAACCAGGCCCAGGGCCGAGCCCUCAAAGCUGGGCAGAACCAGGGUGGUGGUGGUGGUGGUGGUGGAGGGCCCGGGGGAGGUUGUGGUGCAGGUGCUGGUGGGACACUGACCCGAGGGGACCAGGGUGGGGUGAAUGGAGCAGUUUUAGGUCCAUCCAUCUCAGAGCCGGACCUGACCAGUGUGAAGGAGAGGGUGAGGAAGGAGCCGGUCAAAGAGAGGCCGGUGUCAGAGAUGUUUUCCUUGGAGGACAGCAUAGUGGAGAGGGAAAUCGCUCAAAGGACGCUGGAGAGACAGAAGAUGUCUGUGGACUCCAUGAAGAGGCCACUGAUGAUGGCCGCCCUCAAUGGCCUCUAUGUGGCCCGAAUGCCUGUCCCCAAGAGUCCCACAGAGGAAGGUGCCAAGGCUGCUACAGACGAACGGUGUAAGACCUUGGAGUUGAAGCUGGAAGAGGAGCGGGUCUUCACUGAGUACGAGCAGGUGCCAAAGAAGAGGGCAAACUGCGUCCUCACCACAGCGACUCUGCCCGAAAACACGGAGCGCAACCGUUUCCGCGACGUUGUUCCUUACGAAGAGAACCGGGUCGAGCUGGUGCCCAACAAAGAGAACAACACAGGCUACAUUAAUGCCUCGCAUAUCAAGGUGAUGAUCAGAGGGGAGGAGUGGCACUACAUUGCCACCCAGGGCCCGCUAGCCAACACCUGUGCUGACUUCUGGCAGAUGGUCUGGGAGCAGGGGGUCAACGUCAUCGCCAUGGUUACAGCAGAGGAGGAGGGCGGCCGCUCCAAGAGUCACCGCUACUGGCCUAAACUGGGCUCCAAACACAACUCGGCCACUCACGGCAAGUUCAAGGUGACCACCAAAUUCCGCACCGACCAGGGCUGCUACGCCACCACGGGGUUAAAGGUCAAACACCUGCUGUCUGGCCAGGAGAGGACGGUCUGGCAUCUGCAGUACACUGACUGGCCCGAGCAGGGCUGUCCUGAAUAUGUUGUGGGAUUCCUCUCCUACCUGGAGGAGAUCCAGUCUGUAAGGAGACACACUAACUCCAUGCUGGACACCUCAAAGAGCCUAAACCCUCCUGUGGUGGUGCACUGUAGCGCUGGGGUGGGUCGCACCGGCGUGGUCAUCCUCACUGAGCUCAUGAUCAGCUGCCUGGAGCACAAUGAGCCAAUGGAGGUUCCCACCAUGUUGUCAGAGCUGAGGCAGCAGAGGAUGCUGAUGGUGCAGACCAUCUCCCAGUACAAGUUCGUCUAUCAGGUCCUCAUCCAAUUCCUCAAGAAUUCCCGCCUCAUCUGAGCAUGGGCUUGUGACCUUCGACCUUAGAUGACAUGGCAGAAUGGCUGCAGACAACAACAAUGGUACUUAAUGUAAGCACGAGGGCUGACAUGGCAGAUAUAAGUGAUGGUGUCAGUUGGAAGUAGGUGCAGUGAGAAACAACCCCACUUCCGUUUGAAUUUUUCUCCCGUGGCAGUUUAUGGGAGGAGAAGGUUUUUGUAGGCCUGUGUCGAGAUCAAUGGCGAUUUCUCCUAGUUAGUGUGCUCACAUUUCAUUCUUUUUAUCCCCUGGGAUUUAAUCUUGGACCUGAUCUUUCUACGUGGAGUAUGCAUGUUUGUGCGUUUUCUCCAUGCAGAUCAGGUGAAUAAGCAGCUUAUCUUUCCUGCAGGCAUGAAUGUGGAUGUCUUAAGAAAUCAAGUCUCAGUUACAGUUUGGCCAGCUUGCCUGCCUGCUACUUUUCUUAUUCAUUAUUCAGCCAUUAUUAGAAAUGGCAUUACACUGCAUGAACAGUAGGUGGCAGCAGUAUUAUUACUAAACUCUAUACUCUUAAAGAGUUCGCCAAACAAAAAUAUUCUUGUUCUGAUCUAAGCCGUUCCAUUAUUUUUAACAGAGUAUUGAUUAAUACAUCAAAUAUUUACUUCAACAUUGUAACAAAUGUUUUAUUUAUUUCUAUCAAGAUUGAAGUCACCUUCAGCAUUGAACAGACGUCUGACAAGCAUGUCGAUCUUUGGAACCUGUCCUUAUUUUUACUAUACACGUCUUCCUUGUGAAUGUCAUAAGGAUUCCUCCUAUUUUCCUUCUGAAGUUUCCUCAAUUUACUUUCACAUACAAACACACUCACACACAAGCACGCACAAACUACAUUUCAAUAAUUAUUUGUUUCCUUGAAUCACAGCUCCUUGCGAUCAAAUGUGUCUUAUCACAUUUUUUUAAAUCUAAAAGCAUUUCAAAACUCUGUCCAAUGAAUUGGAGAUAAUUUAUAAACAUAUUUUCACUGUUUGCAUUUGCAUUAAGUAGAAAACUGUGUCUUUAUAUACAGCAGAUACUGAGUAUACUGUAUCAUUAUGCCUUAUCGAAACAUGAAACGAGAAGCUGCCUGGCUGAUCUUUGUUGGGGGGUUCUGGAUGGGUUUGGUAAACUAAAUUCCCUUAGUUUUGUUUUACCUCCAAAGAUUAAAUCUUUAAAUCAGUAUUUUAUAGUUUGUGUUUUGAUGUAAGAACAACGAUAACAUUUCAAGUCCUUUACUUAGGUAAGGAUUUGACAGUAGGAGAAUGCUGGUGUCUUGGUUUAUUUUUGAAGGAUAGUGACACAACUGUCUUUGCCAAACAAAAGGCAGCUGUUUCUACUAAUCUGAUCCAAACCCAGUAGAUUACUGUGUUUCCAACAAUCUGAAUCCUGUUUAUAAAAUCAACUUCUGAAGAAUUUCCUUUUACUUAUUACAUUAAAUAUACUUUUUUUUUUCCCUGAAUUGUGAUGCAAAGCCAGCCAUGUCCAAAAUAACUUUGUACAUAAUGGGCAUGUGAGGAAAAAAUAUUUCUACAAAUGUUUUAUAUAGUUUUUUUUUUUUGACUUGGUACCCUAAAAAUACCGCAACAUAAUAAACUAUGCAUGCAUUUUUAUAUUUCAAUGUAUAUAUUCUCAGAUAAGUAUAAGCUUCAUGCUCUCUUGACAUAUAAGUGUUUUGUUGCACUUCAGUUCUCUUUGUGACAGUAUUUUCUCACACGGCAUUCCACUGUUUGUUUAUAUUUAAUUUUUCCCCUUAAUUUUUCUCUUUUUUUGGCAAAACUCCCAAAUACGUUUUAAAGUAUGUGUACAUAUGUUUUGUAUAUGCGUUUUCAGUGCAUCAAGUCUUUUGUUUUUCUCUCCCCAUGGAUGAAGCUGUCGUACUUGCUUAUUAUGCAAUAAAGCCUUAUUUUCUUUAAAAA